CGCUGCAAGUUCACUGAAACUUCACCCAGUUUAUUCGCUAAAAACGUAUGACAACGCCUUCUUCCAAAAACAACAACAGUACGAACAAAGGCAAAAAAUGGCCCCAAAUUCUCGUUGUUUUGAUCGCGACUAUUGCUACAUUCACUGCCGGACUUCACGUAGGAUGGCCAGCGGCCUCUUUACCACAACUCCUCUCCGACGAGUACCCUUUUGACGUCUCAGCAGAGGAAGGUUCCUAUAUAACCAUAAUCGGAAAUUUGGGAGCUUUCUUCGGUAGUUUCAUCGGAAACUUUAUCCUGGAUAAACUCGGACGUCGACGUUGCAUCAUCCUCGUAGCUCUUCCACAAACAAUCUCCUUCCUGUCGUUUAUAUUGUCGUACCACGUUAUGGAACUCUUGUACGUGGGUCGAUUUGUAGGAGGAUUGGGAGAGGGAAUGGUUAGUACCAUGACACUAAUCUACGUGGCCGAAAUAGCAGAACCUUGCAUUAGAGGUAUCUUGGCCAUCAUGGCCGGAAUUGCGUGGUACUCCGGAGUACUAUUCGCAAACAUCAUCGGGUCGUACGUGACAAUACGAACCACCGCUUCAAUUUCCAUCGCAAUCCCGGUACUCUUCGUUGUGUUAUCGUGGAAAAUCCCCGAAAGCCCGUACUACCACCUCAUGAAGAAAGAAGACGAAAAAGCCGAACGCGUGUUGAGGUUCUUACGACGCAAAAGCAACGUGAGUGAAGAACUGACGACGAUGAAAGCAGACGUCGAGCGUCAGAUGUCGGAAACUGGUACUUUUAGAGACAUUUUCGCAAUCGCCGCAAAUAGAAAAGCUUUAUUUAUAACUGUCGUUGCGCGAUUCUUUCAGUUAUCCACUGGAGUUGCCGCAAUGAACUUCUACAUCCAGAUUCUUCUAAAGGAGGCCACUCAAAGUAUAGCACCACAAGUCGGCGCUUCCAUCAUUCUUUUAAUCCAGCUCAUCAUGACAGGUUUAAACGUGUUCAUUAUUGAUAGAUGGGGGCGCAGACCUCUUCUCCUUUUCUCUGUAGUAGGCUGUUUCGUCGAUUUGGUGCUCCAAACGAUUUUCUUCAUCCUUAAAGAACACACCAGCGUUGAUACUUCGGUGGUUGAUUGGUUUCCGCUGAUGAUGAUGUUGGUACUCAUUUUUCUGUAUUCGUUGGGUUUGGGAUCAGUCGUUAGUGUUUUGACGAGUGAGAUGUUUUCGGCUAGUAUUAAAGCGAAGUUGAUUUGUGUCGUGAACGGGUCGUACUCUUUGAUGACUUUGUCGUUUACUAAGUACUACCAAGCGACGGCUGACGGGUUUGGAUUGACCGUGCCUUAUUCGAGUUUCGUGGUGUUGACUUUUAUCGGAAUUUUGUUCUUCUACUAUCUUGUGCCUGAGACUAAGGGGAAGACGUUGGAGCAGAUUCAGCAGAGGUUAAAAGUGGGUCGGAAAGAGACGAAGGUAACAAACGUGGUGUAAAUAUUAGUACUUUAUUUAUUUGUAGAAAUAACGACACUCCUUACAAGUGGAGGCAUAGUUUUGAGAAUGUCUAAAAACUCAACACGGAUUCAUAAACAAGUGUAGGUGUAACAUUGAAAAAACCUGUGAAAAUUAAUCGUUCCAAUAACAACUUUUAAUCUGUGCCAGCCACAAAAAUCACAAUAAAUGUUGGCAUUAAAAAUUAAAGGCUACGUCAUUUGCUAAAAUCAGUCUUAUUUUAGCAGGUACUAGCCCCGCCCA